AUGUUCGAACACGAUGAGCUCUUGACGUCUGGCUGUCGGCUGUGGCGUUGGGAGAUCGUUCGGUAUGGUGCGGAGCGAGCUGCAGUCUGGUUGGGUAGGCUCGUCUCCUCAGGCUCGGCUCUGCGUGCACGCGCCGAGGUCGCUGUCGUCGAUCGAGGCAGGCUGGAUGACCUCAUCGGAACGAGACGCCAAAUUGAAGCGAUCGCAAGGCUGCAUGGAGUCUGCGCAGAGGGGGAGGGUGAAAGGGAGGGGUGUGGACAGGGCGACAGUGCUUCCUCAGAAACUUUGCUCCGUUCGAUCAUUCGACUUCGCGCUUUCGCGCCAUCAGCUGCCGGCUACCUCAGCGCUUCGGACAACCUCAUGUCGGCCAUCAAGAAGCUAUCAGUCGCAGAGUACGACGCACUAUCACCAGAGGAGCAGAAGGCGCACGAUGCAGAACGAAAGAGGUUGGAAGACGAAGGACAAGCAUCAUUGCCGUACACUUGGCGGCAGACGCUUGGAGAGGUCGAUUUGAUCAUACCCGUGCCUGUGGGGACACGAGCGAGAGAUCUGACGGUCGACAUCAAGAAAACGCGCCUCAAAGUCGGUCUCAAGGGCAAGGAGCCCAUCAUCGACGGAGAAUUGUGCAAGGAGAUCAAGUUGGACGAUUCGACUUGGUCACUAGAUGAUCAGAAGGAAAUUGGUCUUCAUCUAGAAAAGGUAUCACAGAUGGGGUGGUGGGACUGUGUCAUCAAGGGCGGUCCCACAAUCGAUACAACCAAGAUCAAUCCCGAGAACUCAAAACUAUCCGAACUUGAUGGCGAGACGCGCGCCAUGGUCGAGAAGAUGAUGUUUGACAAUCAGCAAAAGCAAAUGGGCAAACCUACGUCUGACGAGCAAAAGAAGCACGAGAUGCUACGCAAGUUUCAGGAUGCGCAUCCGGAGAUGGACUUCUCAAAUGCGAAAAUGUCAUGA